AUGGUGUCACUCGACCAGGUACACAAGAACAACGCCAGUCUUAAAGACUAUGGCCCCAAUCUCGUGGCUGUCUUCGUCGGCGGAACCAGCGGAAUCGGCGAAGCAACCGCCCGGGCAUUUGUGCGAGACACACUUUCUCCACGGGUAUUUCUAGUUGGGCGAAAUGAGUCCCAGGCAUCCAGGAUCAUCGAGGAGCUACGUCAGCUGAAUCCGAAGGGGCAGCUAAACUUCAUCAAGUGUGACGCCGCUAGGCUGAACAGUGUGGAUGAAGCAUGCAAGGAUAUCCAAGCCAAGGAAGACAAAAUCAAUCUUCUUUUCUUGAGUGCUGGAAUGCUCACUACCAAGGGACGCGAUGAAACCGACGAGGGACUUGACAAAAAGCUCAGCCUGCAUUAUUACUCUCGCAUGCGUUUCAUUAAGAAUCUUCUGCCGCAGUUGACCAAAGCUGGUACUGUUUCCGAGGAAUCGGCCCCAGCCAAAACCGGCGUCGGUAGCAACCUGGCCAGGGUGGUCUCCGUGCUUGAGGCCGGCGGAGAAGGUCCGUUAAACCUGGACGACUUGUCUCUAAAGUCGACCUAUUCACUCCGCAAUGCUGCCAAGCAUGCUAUUACCAUGACGUCCCUGUCGGUGCAGGAGCUCGCCGCUUCUCAUCCCGAGGUGUGUUUUGUCCAUGCCUACCCCGGAGUCGUCAACACUGGCCUCAUGCGUGAGUUUGGAACCAUUACGCGGUUCGCGAUAAAAGCUAUGCUUAUUCUAGCUAAACCCUGGGUGGUUCCUCUCAACGAGAGUGGUGAUCGGCAUCUAUAUGCCUCAACUAGCUCGCGGUUCCCACCGCGGGCCUCCGCUGGUGGCGACGAUGUUGCGCCCGGUGCCGAUGGAGUGAAGGGUAGCGGGGCAUAUCUUUUGAGCUGGAAUGGAUCCACUGCUGGAAAUCAGAAGGUCUUGCAGGAUUAUCGCAAGAAUGAAACCGGUAAAUUAGUGUGGGAGCACACUGUAGGGGUGUUUGAGUCGAUUUGCGGUAAAGCCGGCGUGUCGCAGGAUUGA